AUGAGUGGAUACAGGAAGCAAUUUCUUAUAGUAGCUUGUGUAAACAUAGGUCAAUUCAUCGACGGGUACAGCGUGGGUUGGUCAGCACCUAUCAUACCUAAACUUCAGGAUCCAGAACAAACCCCAUUGCCAGAAGUUGUCACAGAUUUACAAAUAGCAUGGAUAGGAUCCUUGUUGUAUUUGGGUUCAAUUGUUGGUCCAUACAUCCCCAGUUACCUCUCAAACAUAAUAGGUAGGAAGCCAUGUUUACUAUUCGGUGGAGUGUUAAAUCUUCUGGCAAUAAUUCUCAUAGUGACGACAAGGAAUAUAACAAUGGUGUACGCUAUAAGGAUUAUUAGUGGACUCGGCAUGGGUAUGGUUACUGUGAGUAACUUGGUGUACGUUGGGGAAAUAGCUUCUACCAACAUAAGAGGCAUUUUGCUAACAUCCACGUCAAUUGUGGGGAUAUCUGGCACGUUGGCCGCCUAUUGCGUAGCUCCGUUCGUCUCAUACAAGAUGACUGGUUACUUUGCCCUGAUAAUAAACUUAGUUCAUGUCUUCGGGAUCUACUUUAUACCGGAAUCACCUGUUUAUUACGCUAUAAAAGGCAAAGAAAUUGAAGCAAAAAACACACUACGAUCUCUAGGUAGAGUACAAGACUUGGAGUAUGUAUUUGAAUCUGUCAAGGGUACAAAUGCUGGUGAAGCUAGCAGCUGGAAGGCCUGGAUUAAGAUCUUUACGGUGAAGGCAAAUAGACGAAGUCUUUUGAUAACAUUGACUUUAUGUACCCUUCAGCAGACCAGUGGCGUGGCUGUAGUGCUUUUCUUCGCGACAACCAUAUUUCAAAUGGCCGGAUCUUCCAUUAGGCCAGAUAUUGCAACAAUAAUUAUAGGAUCUACGCGCUUAAUAGCCAGUAUGGUAGCUCCGUUUGUAGUGGAACGAGCUGGCAGAAGAAUUCUACUCUUAGCGUCUACUGCCUUCUGUGCUUGUAGCCUUUCUAUUCUCGGAACCUAUUUCUACUUGACCAGGAUAAAGAGUUCCUUGAUCUCUGAAGUUGGAUGGCUGCCUCUUUUAGCUCUGAUCUUGUACUUCUUUUCUUAUGAAAUCGGGGAGGUCAAAGUCAAAGUCAAAGGUGACCUGGAUCUAAUCACGCGUUACAAAACACAGUUACAAGAGUGUUUCAAGUCCCUCAGAAAUAGAGCCGCCGCAAUGGGCCUGGUGGUGAAUGAGGAAAAGACAAAAUAUUUGGCAACCCCGCAUACUUCGAUGGGGGCGCCAGUCAGCAUUGAAAAUGUAACCUUCGAGAGAUGUUUUGGGACGAUGCCGUGUGCUCUCGUGGGCGAAAUGUUCCGUGGUAACGCCCGCAGCACCGGAUCAGCCGUUGCCAUGACAACGGCUUGGCUCAUCGGCUUUGGCGUGGCCACCGGUUUCGGCUCCAUGGUGAAAUUCCUCGGUGGUGAUGUUACAUUCGGGAUGUUUGCGUGUUCCUGUCUGGUCGCUUUCGUGUUCACCUUGAAAUUCGUGCCGGAGACAAAGGGAAAGAAUUUAAAUGAAAUACAAGAAAUUUUGAGUACAUAA